UGAAUGGGGCAUGGGGCUGCCUGCUUAGUCAUGAGACUCAUGGCCCUAUCGGAGACAGCACUGUCUGAUGAGUGAUGUCUGCGACUCCAGCCUUCCAGGAGUGUAACCCCGACCCCCGAGUGUUCAUUGUUAAGAUCCAGAGCGGGCUGAUGGCGCUGGUAACUUCACAUGAUGUCAAGCUCCAGUUUGUUCCGGGUCACCAGGGCAUUGCUGGGAACGAAGCAGCUGACCACGCAGCAUCGCAGGCUCACACCCUUUGGUAUCAUACAAUUACUCCCAGGUCAAAGGAAGAAACGGUGAGAGAUAUCCAUUUUGCUUUGCUAGAGUACUGGCAAAGAGAGUGGGUAAAUGGUACUGAAGUUUCAGGAAAGGGCCUUUUCCUUCAUCAAAUCAAAGAUAGAAUAGGCAAUUGGCCUUCGGCACUGAACCAAACAGGCUGGCAGAGACAGCACUGGCUAGGCUUAGGACGGGUCAUGCUGGAGUGAAAGCACACUUAGCUAGGUUUAGAAUGAUUGAUAACCCCAUGUGUAACUGUGCCCAGCAUAAAGAAACAAUAGAUCACUUGCUACUUCACUGCCAUUUGCAUGCUCAGGCCUGAACUAACCUUUCUAACACACUAACCUUGCUCAACAUAGAUCAAUUUGUAAAAAAUUUGCUUGGGGGAGGCCCUUUCCCACCUGAGACACAGGUGAAAAUAAUCAAAGCUACCAUUGAAUACCUGAAGGAAAUUAAUGCCCUGAAGCAAAUGUAGUUUUAAUGAAUAGAAUUUAGUAUGUCCAACCUAUCUUAAUGUUGCUCAUUUGUUCUAUUCAACUUUUGCCUGUCACAUCUAACAAUUGCUAGUAUACUAAUUGCAAAUAACACUCUGUGGAACUAACUUCAUCUUCAAUCUUCAACAAACGCACCACUCGGUGCAUCCAGGAGUUUAAGUAGAGGUGCUCUGCGCAGAUCUAUUGAAUGCUGUAAUGACUGCCUAUGUGAAGGGUGCCUCUAUUUGCCUCCACCAGAUAAGCAGUUUUUCCCUUGCCUCCUUCUGAGCCCUGCCCAUAAGAGAGACAUCUUGUUAGCUUAUUUGCAUCAAAUACUAUUUGCACUAGCCACAUUUGGCUGAGAGAGGCUCCAGGUUGUGACACCCAGGCUGGACCCUCACAUAGAGUCUGGUUUCUUGUAUGUGGCACAAGGUAGGGCAUCCUCUAGUUACUAACUUGGGUAAUUUGGCCUAGCUACGGUAUAUUAAUGGCAUCUUCUGUUUAGUAUGAACUAGUCACUAGCAUCUCCUGAUAUUAUUAAAUGAUGUUUUAUUUUGAAACAUGUUGUCCCUUGAUCUACCCUCUGCAAAAUAUUUCCCUGAACAUGAUAUUGACAUAUAACUCCCCAAUUUUAUGUGCUGUAG